GUUCAAGGGUCCCCGGCUGUUGCAUGGUGAGCUUUCCGUAGUUCGUCUUCCAAGCUCAACUGACUUCAGUUGAGACGGAAUGAUUGGCCAGCCAUCCGUUUGACUGAUCCACUUGCUUGUUCGGCCGCCCUCUUGUAGCUUCCUUGCUUGUGUCUUUCAACGUGGCCAUUAGCUUGCAUUGGUCUCGCAUGCACUGCAUAUGUGCGGCACGAGUGAGAGCGAUGAGGGGCAAACGAGGUGACACAGCUGCGUAGAAAGCCAGAGGUAGGUGACAACAAGCGACGCAAGAGUUUCUUAGGAUACACGAGCCAGAACACCACGCGGCUCAAGUGCGACUGUGUGUAUCCGUCGGAAUAGCAAGGAGGUCAUUUCGUCUGCAACAGACCGAAAACUGUAGCCCUCAGCGGAGUUGACCCUCUCCAAGACUCGCACGACUGCCCAGACCAGACGACCCGAGUAUAAGGAUCCGACUACCGCAGCAGCAUGUCACAAGUGCGAGGCUGUCACCUCAUAGGCAGCGUGCCGCUUCCCGACACGGAGACCGUACUCCGCCAAUGUACUUCCGCCCUUCCUCAUCGAUUGAAGCGCAUCCCUGAUGGCGAGACGGGCUUCCGCAACUUGUUUACCACAUGGCAGUCUUUGAUGUUCCACGUCAGCCCGGAGCUAUGCGUCAAAUUCGAGUAUAACAGGCCUGUACCUGCUGGCGAAUUCUCCCAGCAGCAGGUAGACGAGGGCAUAGAGAAGCUAGAAAAAGCCGCACCGCUUGAUACUGGUUAUGAUAAGGUCGGCAUCGAGAGUUAUGGUGUCUUUAAGAAGCUUAAGGAUGAAGGUGUGAUUGCCAAAGACACAAGGUUCCAGGUGUCCAUGGCGACACCGCCAAACGUCCUCAGCCCCUUCGUGGAAGCCCCGUUUCAAGCGAGAGUCGAGCCGCUGUACCAGGAUGCAUUGUACCGCAGCAUGCGCACGUUGCAGGAGAAGAUUCCGCAUCAAGAUCUUGCAAUUCAGAUCGAUCUUGCCGUUGAUACGGCGUUCUGGGACGGCUUCCCAUGGUUCAAGCCAUGGUUCGGCGAUGGCAAUAUGGACAAGAUCAAGGCGUACAUAGUGGACUACACCGUUCGCAUGAUUGGCCAGGUGGACAAGGAUGUUGACGUCCUGAUACACAACUGCUAUGGUGACAUGGAGCAUCGACACUGGAUCGAGCCAAUUUCUCUAGCUUCAGUGACAGAGCGCGGCCUCCGCAUAUUUGAGAAGACACCCCACAACAUUGAUGGCUUCCACGUGCCGGUGCCGAAAAGCGCCAUGGACAACCUAGAGAAGUAUCUUGAGCCGCUCAAGCAGCUCAUUCCGAAGUUCAAGGAGCACAACACCGAUCUUUACCUCGGCGUGAUCCACUACAACGAUCGAGCAGCAACCGACAAGAUGAUUGCGGCUGCCAAGAACGUCUUGGACUAUCCAUUCGGCGUUGCAACGGAAUGCGGCAUGGGGCGUACACCACCCGAGGAGAUCAAAGACAUACUGCAGUUGUCUUGCGAAGUGUCAGAGCCUGUCUUUUGAGUUGUGCCGAACGUGGUGAUCGUGGCUUCACUGCAUGUUUAAAGCGAGCAUAUACGAAGCUGCUAUAACAGUCGGCAUGCUGGAGGUAUUUGUUCUUGGCUUGAUGCACUAGGAUGAUACCAGCUUAUCUCAAGCAAAUGUUGAUUACGUUAACCAGUCAAGGCGACCCAACUAUACGUUACAGCCUACUC